AUGGCUGGCCUACCCACCAGUGCAAUGGCCUUCCAGCGCCAGCUCGGCCGCUCCUCCAAUGCCCUCACCACCACUCUUCCGAAAGCAGCUCUCGCACCCCUACAGAACCGCCGAUACCUUCAGGACAUUGCCAUCACACGAACAGGGAAGCCCAUUCUACGUAUAUCGGGGGGUAGAAGUAGUUCCGGUGGUCACACGGCAACGGUCUUCGGCGCAACCGGUUUUCUGGGCCGAUACAUCGUAAACAGACUCGCUCGGGCAGGAUGCACUGUAGUCGUACCGUUCCGAGAAGAGAUGGCGAAGAGACACUUGAAGGUGUCUGGCGAUCUUGGCAGAGUUGUUUUCUUGGAGCAUGACCUUCGCAAUAUCACGUCGAUUGAGGAGAGUGUACGACACAGCGACAUCGUCAUUAAUUUGAUUGGCCGCGACUAUCAGACCAAGAACUUCGACUUCGACUCCGUACACGUCGAGGGCACACGACGGAUCGCGAAUGCUGUGGCUAAAUAUGACGUGGACCGCUACAUCCAUGUCUCCAGCCACUCCGUCGACCCAAACAGCCCGUCGCAGUUCUACAGGACGAAGUACUGGGGCGAGCAGGUUGCCCGUGAGAUCUUCCCGGAGACUACAGUCGUGCGUCCAGCUCCCAUGUUUGGCUUCGAGGACCGUCUACUCCACCGUCUAGCUCGUGCGAAGAACAUCCUCAGCAGCAAUAACAUGCAAGAACGAUUCAAUCCGGUACACGUUGUCGAUGUCGGCGCAGCGCUGGAGAAUAUUGCAUACGACGACAACACCGCUGGGCAGACUUUCGAGCUUUUCGGCCCUAAGCAGUACAGCAUGAUGCAGCUCAAAGAGCUUGUGGACAAAGAAAUCUUGAAGACACGCAGACACAUCAAUGUGCCGAAGAUGAUCAUGUCGCCUCUGAUGGAGACAAUGAACAAGCUGCUGUGGUUCCCAGUCGGCUCCAAGGACGAGGUUGAGCGCGAAUAUCUCGAUCAGGUAAUUGACAAGAGCGCCAAGACCUUCAAGGAUCUGGACAUGGAGCCUGGUGAUAUUGCGAACUUCACAUUUAAGUAUCUGCAAGCAUACCGCAGUGCAGCAUACUACGAUCUCCCACCCAUGACGGAGCGGGAGAAGCGCGAAGAGAAGAAGUACCUCCACGUCUUGGACGACCAAUAG